AUGCAUGUAGAGAAAAAUGUUUGUGAUAGUAUUAUCGGAACGCUCCUCAAUAUUCAAGGGAAAACGAAAGAUGGACUCAAUGCUCGCUUGGACCUGGUUGAAAUAGGUAUAAGAGAACAAUUAGCUCCAAUAUCACAUGGUAAGAGGACAUACUUGCCUCCAGCAUGUCACACAUUGUGUAAACAAGAAAAAAGGAGUUUUUGUGAAUUUUUACAAGGUGUGAAAGUUCCACUGGGUUACUCUUCUAAUUUUAAACGAGUUGUAUCCAUGAAAGAUCAUAAAUUACUUGGGUUAAAAUCUCAUGAUUGUCAUGUAUUGAUGCAACAACUACUACCAGUGGCUAUUCGGGGCAUAUUGCCUAAGAAUGUUAGAUACACAUUAACAAGAUUGUGCUUCUUUUUCAAUGCAAUAUGUAGUAAAGUUAUUGACAUUGAGAAGUUGGAUCAACUAGAAAAUGAGGUUGUGGUCAUAUUGUGUCAGUUGGAGAUGUACUUUCCUCCAUCAUUCUUUGAUAUUAUGGUGCACUUAAUUAUUCAUCUAGUAAGAGAAGUUAGAAUUUGUGGUCCAGUAUUCUUACGAUGGAUGUACCCUAUUGAGCGAUACAUGAAGAUAUUAAAAGGUUAUGUAAAGAACCAAUAUCGUCCUGAAGCAUCAAUAGUUGAAAGAUAUAUUGCUGAGGAAGCUAUUGAGUUUUGUACAGACUACUUAUCAGAUGUUGAAGCUAUAGGGGUACCUAGGUCUCGUUACCAUGGAAGAGGUGUUGGUAAGGGUACUAGAAGUUCAAAAGUUGUCACCCUGAAUAGAGCUGAAAUUCUACGAGCACAUAUGUAUAUAUUGAAUAACACUGAAGAAGUCAUCCCCUACUUAAGUGCUCAUAAAGAUAUAGUUAAGAGAAAUAAUCCACGAAUGCCUCAAAAGUGGGUCAUUAAUGAACACAACAAAACCUUUUUAAAGUGGUUUAAACAACAAGUUCAAGCUGACCAUACAACUUCUGAUACAUUAAAUUGGCUAUCAAGUGAGCCAAACUUUGAUGUCAUAUGUUGGUGUGGGUAUGAUAUAAAUAACUACACAUUUCAUACACAAAAAGAAGAUGAAAAAAGCACCACUCAAAAUAGUGGAGUAAUGGUUGUGGCCGAGUCAAUGCAUUUCUCGAGUUCAAAGGACAAAAAUCCUGUGAUGGCAUCCAUGUGCUACUUUGGUGUAAUUAAAGAUAUUUGGGUGAUAGAUUACACAAGUUUUAGAGUACCUAUUUUUAAAUGUAAGUGGGUUGAUGGUAAUACUGGCGUAAGGACAGAUGAUCUAGGUUUUACAUUGGUUGACCUAGAAAAGGAAGGUUAUACUGAAGAGCCAUUUAUCAUGGCGUCUCAGGCAAAACAAGUGUUUUAUGUCACUGAUCUCGAAGACAAUAGAUGGUCAGUGGUGCUCAAAGGUAGAACAAUGCAUUAUACUGAUGACAAUGAUGAAGUCGUUCUUGAUAUUGGUGAAACUCCAUCUUUCUCAUCAAAUAUGCCAACCUUGAAUGUCGAUAAUGAAGUAGACGACGUCCAUGCCAUACGUGAUGAUCAUCACGAAGGGUUGUGGGAGAACAUUGCAACUUGA